CUCCCUCACUCUCUCUCCCUCACUCGGGCGGAUCCGGACAUUCACCGACCCGGGGAGACAGAGGAGGACUGUUGUUGUCAUUUACUUUAAUUUCUUUAUUUUCCCUCAAAGUUUAGCAAGAUAGGUGUUAAGAUGUCAGCCCGCAGAGCCACACACGCCGGCAGCUGGUACACUGACUCAGCCACAGACUUGGCCCGUCAGCUGGAGAACUGGCUGGGACAGGCGGACCUCUCCCAUGGACCAGCGCGCGCCAUCAUUGCUCCACAUGCAGGUUACCAGUACAGCGGUGCCGUUGGUGCCUACGCAUAUCGGCAAGUGUCUCCUGUUGUCGUGAAGAGGGUGUUCAUUCUCGGCCCGUCACAUCAUGUCCGGCUAUCUGGCUGUGCACUGUCCUCCCUCACCAAGUACCGGACACCCCUCUACGACCUCACCGUGGACCAGCAAGUAUACAACGAGCUGUACCAGACGGGCCACUUUGAGACGAUGAGUGUGUCGGCGGAUGAGGACGAGCACAGUAUUGAGAUGCACCUCCCCUACGUCGCCAAGGUUAUGGAGGACUUCCGGGACCACUUCACCAUCGUCCCAGUGCUGGUGGGGUCCCUCACGCCAGAAGAGGUGUUGUACGGACGUCUUCUUGCCCCAUACCUUGCUGAUCCCCAGAGCCUGUUUGUGAUAUCCUCUGACUUCUGUCAUUGGGGUCAACGCUUCCGCUACACUUACUACGACCGCUCUGUGGGGGAGAUCUGGCAGUCCAUACAGAAGCUGGACAAGCAGGGCAUGAACCUUAUCGAGACCUUGAACCCCAGUGCCUUCACCGAGUACCUGAAGAAGUACGGCAACACCAUCUGUGGCCGCCAUCCCAUCGGAGUGUUGCUCAAUGCCGUGGCCACCCUAAAGACCACCAACGGGCACCGCAUGAUGCUAAAGUUCCUGCAGUACGCCCAGUCCUCCCGCUGCUACACCUCCUCAGACUCCUCCGUCUCCUACGCCGCAGCCUCCCUCAUAUUUGAGUAGACCUUGGCACCCGCAGGGGGAGGGGGACACAUCGCCACACCUGCCCCGCCCCAGGCCACCUGGGGGCCAGCCCGGCCCGGCUGGGCGCACCCCCUGCCCACCGGCAACUUCCCCGAGGCCUGGCACUGCCGGUGCUCCCGGUGGCCUGUGGUGGAGCGGGAAGCACCCUUCCUGCCGGCACUGUGCCUGCAGGGCUGGCUUUGUGGCCUGCACAGCUCCUGCCCCACCUGCCGAGGACCAGCCCCGGGGCCCGCCCACCAGUGCGACAUGCACUUCUGACGGCGCCAGCAGCCCGGCGGGGCGGCGCAGUGCUCCGUGCUGGCCAGGCAGCCCCGGCGGUGGUGUGCAGCUCCAGCACCAGGUGGGUGAGUGUGGCCUGUCCUCCCUCCUCCACUCACCUUCACCCUGCCUCCCAUCUCCCCCCUCCAUCCCGUGCCCCCCUGACCCACACUCUGUCACACACCGCCAGGGGAGUCUCUCAUUCCAGCGGCCCUUGGAUGUGGCGGCAGCAGCAGCAGCAGGAGGUGUUGUUGUUGUGUUGUGUUGCGUUGGAUGUUGCUGCCUCACCACCCUGGUGGUUUGUUUGGUGACACACUGCGCACAGCUUGGUGUCCAUGGCUGUUUUGGGACAAUGCCUCAGUCACCACGAGUCACUGCGAGUCACUGGGAGUCAGGCAACUACAGUGAAUAUGUGAGACAUUCAGAGUCCAGAGUGUUGAUCCCACCUGUGGCCAUGUGCCUCGGAGCAGAGUGAGGAUCGUCUGCCUCGGCCUUACCUGGACGUGCUCAGAAGGUUCAGGCAGUGUGGUGGUGCAUGGCUGUCACUGCGCCACACUGGUCACACCUUGCUCAGUGUGAGGUGUCAGACCAGCUAACAGUGGUCUGUGAUUCCUGCGUCUGUCUGACUCUGUACUGCAUAUUGAUGCACUGCAGAGGAUUAUUGCCACAAAGAUUGAGACAUCCACACUCACAAUUAAAGAAAAAUUGGCAUGUGACAUUCAAGAUUCCAGGGUGAGGUGUGUGCCACAGAAAGUGAAAAGCACACAGACACUGGACAUGUGGAAAUUUAGGAGCAAAGAAUGAAUUAUGAGCAGCAUUGUCCGACCCGCUCCUAACACUGACCGCAGCCACCCUCACCCUCCCUACCUAACCCUGUGCUGCCUGACCACUCUGCCUUGCAACCCCUGCCAGCACUCUCACCAUACCCCAGCAGACGGAUCGCAGGACAGCACCACCAGCCACCCCAGCCACCCACACCAGGCAUUCUGUGCACUGACACCCACACUGCUGGCCGCUGAACCCUGCGCUGUGAUGGCACCUUUCAACACCACCAAAGCACUGUACGGAAUCUUUACAAGCAAGUACAGGAAAGGAGAUAAAAAAAGGAACAUGUUUAGCCAUUUCUAGCCAGUAUAAUGUCUGGAGGCAGCUGUACAAUGAGAGGAAAAGUCUCAAAUGUGAUAAGGGAUCAUGAAAAAUGGACCAACAAACACUGAAAGGAUUAAAUCAAAAACGGUCUGAGAGAAAGGGUUGCUAUUGAAACACACCUCCUCCUGGCCACUGCUGCUGCUGCUGCUGCCGGCCACGCCCUCGGGACACCCCUAGGCCGCCCCACGAGGCCACCCCUGUCCCCCGUUCCCCCUGCGGUGCCCCUCGCCCAGGCCACAUCAAGCUGUGAUCGUGCCGUGGGAGGCGACAGGCCGAGCCGACCGCCGCACUUGUCUGCCGGUCGAUUCACACUGUUUUUGUUUUCGGUGAUUGAGACUCAGGGUCAUUUUAUAUCAAGUGCUUGUAUGUGCCGAUGACAACAGCGACGCAAGUAUGUGUGUGCGAGGUGAUUCCGUUUGGCUUCUGAUGUCAUGUAGCCUAUUCAUUCUGUCUGUCUGUCUUGGCCCCCUCCUUCCCUCCACCUUUAUUUACACUCUGCUUGUCUUCUUGCCCUCCAUUCAUCACAACUAACCUUUCAUUCCUCGCCCUCUUUGCCUAUUCAUUCUGUCUGUCUUAACCCCCGUGCCCUUCCUCUCCCCUUUCCCUUCAUUUACAUGGCCUCUUUCCCCUCACCCUUUUUGCCUAUUUAUCCUGUCUGUCUUAACCCCCGUGCCCUUCCUCUCCCUUUCCCUUCAUUCACAUGUCCUCUUUGCUCUCUCUCCCUUCCUUUACACUCUGCUUGUCUUGCUUUCCAUACAUCACUAACCUUUCAUUCCUUGCCUUUUUUGUCUCUUUGUUCUGUUUAUUUUAACCCUUGCCCUGACCUUCCCUUUCCUUAUAUUUACUUUCCCUCUAUCUUGCUCCCCAUACAGCACAAUUAACCAUAUAUUCCUCACAUUUCUUCCCCUCUAUCUCCCUACAUUCCAAAUAUUUCUCACACUCUACUGUCUGUCUCCUCACUGCCCUUCUCUUCCCCGUCAAUUUCUCUUCCAUUUUUCCUUCCCUUCUAUUUCCGUACAUCCCAAUAACACACCAUCUCUUGUAGCUUUGUUCCAUCUACUGCUACUGUCCCAUUCCCUUCUUCUCCUCUCCCUUUUUUGCCUCUUGCUCAUUAUACAUCCUAAACAUUAUCUCAUAUUCUUUAUUUUUUUCCAUCUCCCUUGUCCUCCUCUCUUUCUUUUUAAUUCUCUUUUUAUUCUCCUUUUAGCUCUUCAAAUGUCUUAAACACCAUCUUUUUCUCCCCUUUUUGCUUCUUCUUCCUUUGUAUACAUCCUAAACACCAUCUCAUACUCUUAUUUAUGUGUGUAUCUCCUCUGUCCUCCUCUCUUUCCUUAUAUUCUCUCUUUUUCAUCUCUUUUUAUCUCUCCACAUGUCAUAAGCACCAUCUUUUCUCCCUCUUUUGCUUCUUCUACCUCUUUAUUCAUGUUAUAUUCUUUAUUUUUGUGUGUCUGUGUGUAUCUCCUCUCUCCUCCUCCAUUUCCUUAUAUUCUCUCUUUUUCAUCUCUUUUUAUCUCUCCACAUGUCAUAAGCAUCAUCUUUUCUGUCCUUUUUGCUUCUUCCUCUGUAUACAUCCUGAACACCAUCCUCUAUACUGUCAAAAGUGUUCAUUAUCUGUUCCAAUUCAUUUUUAUUUAUUUAUUCAUUAUUAUUCAUUAUUAUUUAUUUAUUUAUUUAUUUAUUUAUUUAAUUUUUUGGUUUGUGUCAUAUGCUAGGUUAGAUUGUUUUUAUUUUCUUAUUCAUUUAUUUGUGUUUCUCUGCUCAUUCUCCUUAUCUUCCUUCUGUGUGUGUGUGUGCGUGUGUGUUUGUGUUUCCGUGACUUGAAAAAAUGCAUUCCGUAAGUGUUUUUCUUCCUUUUCUUGAUUCGUUUUUCUGUUUACAUAUUGAUGGAUGCAGUUUCUCUUCCUAUCCUGCAUUUCCUUUUCCUUUUUCAUCCAUUAAUUCAUCCAUCUGUGCAUUUAUUUAUAUUUUUAUUACUUGACAAUUGGGUUACAUUUGCUAGUUAAAAAAAAUAUGUCGCUGUUUCAAUUAUUAUUAUUAUUAUUGUUUUAUUUUUAUUUUUUUCAUUUUAUCUGUUUUGAAUUUUUUUUUUUUUUUCAUGGUGUGUAUUAAAAUGGUGUGUUAUUUGAUUGUUUUUUCAUAUUUCUCAUUGGAAGGUUGAUGGAUGGAUGCAGUUUAUCUUCCUAUUCUGCAUUUCCUUUUCCCUUUUCAUCCAUGUAUUCAUCCAUCUAUGCAUUUAUCUAUUCAUGGUACAUUUUUUAUACUUUUUGACAAUUAGGUUACAUUUGCUACUUAAGAAAAAUAUGUCUGUUUCAAUAUUUUUUUUUUUCAUCUAUUUUGAAUUUCUUUUUCUAUGGUGUGUAUAAAAAUUGGAUGCUAUUUAAUUAUUUUGUUAUUUUCUCUCAUUGGAAGGUUGAUGGAUGCAGUUUCUCUUCUUGUUCUGCAUUUCCUUUUCCUUUUCCUCUAUUUAUUCAUCCAUCUAUGCAUUUAUUUAUUCAUGAUACAUUUUUUAUUCUUUCUAACAAUUAUUCACACAUUAUUAUUAUUAUUUCUAUUUAUUUAUUUAUUUAUUUUUCUAAGUAUAUGACUAGCAAGAGUGACAUGAAUGCUCCAUAUCACUAUUAUUAUUGUUACUUUUAUCAUUAUUUUAUUUAUUUUAUUAUAAUUUUUAACUGGGCUAGCCAACAUCUUUCAUUUUGCAUAGAUCUUGAUUUGACACUGGCUACAUUACAGUAUUUAGUGCGAGUGUGACGUGAAUGCUUUGUUUAUUGCAGAUUAUUAUUAGUUCGUUUUAUUAUCUUUAACCCCUUCAGUACUGGGACACAUUUUUACCUUGACCUUUGGGUAUGAUUAGGUGAUUUUAUUGACAUUAGGAAGGGUCUAUGGAGGUCAGAAGGUUAAUGGCCAGGGUCUUCACCAUUUUGACCCCUGGGACGCAUUUUUACAUUGAAUUUCGGGUAUGGUUAAGCGAUUUUAUUUGUAUUAGGAAGGGUCUAUGGAGUUCAGAAGAUUAAUGGCCACAGUCUUCACUACAAAAGAUGCACUGAGGUUCUAGUUAAAAUUGAGGAUAUAUGUGUUAAAAGGUUAUAAUAUUGUCUUCUAUAUGAUUCCUUUUUUUCAUUUAAGAGUGGCACUUUAAUAACAACAAAAGAAACACUGAGGCUCUAGUUAAAAUUGAGGAAUAUACGUGUUAAAAGGUUAUAAUAUUGUACAGCAUCACCAAACAGUAACCAGAAUAUAAAAAUGCGUCAUGGUACUGAAGGGGUUGAUAACUAGCAGCUGUAUUCCUCCCUGCUUAGAUCUUGACUUGAUAUAGGUACACAGAUUAAGGAUUCAUGUAUUGGGCUGGUGUUGUGCGUAGGUGACCAGCAAGCUUUAUAUUUUUACACUCUACCUGUUACUGGAGUCUUCUUUGGUCCUUGCCUCAUCGUCACCUUUCAUACGAGCUCUUAUCUAAACAUAUUUCUUUUUGUGUGUGUCUGUGUGUGUGUUUGGUUGCAAUUCAGUGUUUGUUUUGCUAGUUUCUUUUGUUUUUUAUUCAGAAAGUUGUGUCAUUCAAGAUUUGAGUGUGUUUUCAUCUAGGCUCUUAUCAAAAACACAUUUCAGUUUCAUUUUCGUGUUUGUGUGCAAUUCAGUGUUUGUUUGAAUAUGGUUAUUUUUGUUUUGUAUUCGGAAAAUUAUGUCGUUAUAUGAGUGUAUUUUCGUAUAGGCUCUUUUCAAAACACAUUUCUUUUUUCUUUUUUGUGCUCUUAUCAAAACAUAUUUAUUUUAUGUACUAUUUGGUUGCAAUUCAGUGUUUGUUUGCCAGUUUCUUUGUUUUUUUAUUCAGGAAAUUGUGUCAUUCGAGAUUUGAGUGUGUUUUCAUCUAGGAUCUUAUCAAAACACAUUUUUAUUUUUAUUUUCCUGUUUGUUUGCAAUUCAGUGUUUGUUUGCCAGUUUCUUUAUUUUUUUUAUUCAGGAAGUUGUGUCAUUCGAGAUUUGAGUGCGUUUUCAUCUAGGCUCUUAUCAAAACACAUUUCUUUUUUUUAUUUUGCAGUUCAGAGUGUAUGUUUGAAUGUGGUUAUUUUUGUUUGGUAUUUAGAAAGUUAUGUCAUAUUAAAUUGAAUUUAUUUGGUUCAGUUUGUAUCAUUUUUAUUGGAAUUAGUUAGGUUUUCUUUAGGCUUAGAAUUCACUUCAUGUCACCUUUUCAAUUUGAUGGAAUUUGUUGAUGUUUUGCUUUCUUUUUUUUUUAUAUCUUUAUUUAUUCAUUUAGUUAUUUAUUAUUAUUUUUUUCAUGUCUUUUUGAAUGUGGAUUUUUUUUUUUUUUUAUACGUUUAGAAAGUCACUUCAUAAAAUCCUCCAAUGAAUGUUAAUCAUGUUAUUUGUACAAGAAAGUCACUUCAUGUAAUCUUUGAAAAUAUGAUGCAGUUUCUCUUAUUUUUUUUUUUCUACAUUAUUUUCAUUUGUUUUUUGUAUUGUUUACCUAAAUUUUGAAAUGCCAACAACUUUCAUUACCAUUA